AAUUAUGUCAAAUCCAAUCCCCAUUGAAAUUAAUUCUGAUGCUGAUGAAUUUCAAAAUUGCUUUCCCUCUAAUACUGGAUCCACAGCCCCUUAAAGCCUGUAUGACAACUCCAACAUUUUCAAAAUCUUGCCUUCUCAAUAAUUUGUCGAUUAAUUGGAAUAAGUAGGUAUUGAUUUUGAAUUAAUUGAAGAUGACGAAUUCGAUUUACUCAAUUAGGAGAUGAAGAAUGAACUACAAAUUGAUAAUUUCAAACCCUCCCUCUUAGAAGCCUUUUAAGUUGACAUGUAUAAUGAAACCAUUUCAUUUUAAGGUCAUCCUAUAUUACACAUGAAAAAUUAACUAAAAAUUCUAGACGUAUGCAAUACGAAUACGAAAAUGCCAAACCCAAGGAAAGAGAGUAUGUUUUUCAGACCUUUAUACUAAAUUACAUCGUCAAUCUAAGUUUGGACAAGUAUAUGCACUACAUACUGGAAAAAAUUAUUGAAGUGGGUAAGUGUGUCAUUUAUUAUGUAGGUCCUCCAAAAUAUAGAAAUAUUAUUUUAGAUCAAAUUUUCAAUAGCAUAAACAAACUUAUCACUGAUCUGUAUGCCUGUAAGGUGAUGCAAAAGGGAUUAGAAAUUAUGGCCUAAUUCCCUCAAGAUUCAUAAAAUUAAUUUUAAAAAUAUCUCAAUUUUAUAAUAGAAGAUAACAAUUUUAUGAAAAAAUUAUAUACUCAUAAAAUUGCCAACUAAAUCUUCCAAAAAAGUUUAGAAGUUUUUGAUGGCAAAAGUUUGCAUUCUCUUUUGCUUAAUUUGGAUAAAUAUGUAAUAUCUAUAAAAUAAUUCUUAGAUAUUAAAUAUUAAUUAAAAAUAAAUUGAACUUUCGACUGACCAAUAUGGAUGCCUUAUAGUAAAUAAAAUAAUCGAAAUAUUACCAAAACAAAUAGACUAAAAUUCAAAAUAAGUUGCAAAUAGUAUAAUCAUGAGAGCCAUUGAGAACUCCUCUUGUUUAGUAAGAAGACAAUACGCAAAUUAUAUCAUCUAACAAAUUUUAGAGAGAGGCUAAGAAUGCCACAAAAGAAAACUUCUAGACGAAAAUCUCAUCAAAGAUUUUGUAUCAAUGUCGAUGGAUAAAUAUGGAAGCAAUGUUGCUGAAAAGGCAAUCAUUUACUCAGGACCUUAAUGGAGAUAAAAGCUUUGGGAAGAAGAAGUAGCAGUCUCCGAAGAGUAAAUCCAAUCCAUUAAAUUAGGUCUUUUCGUAAAUUAGUAAAUGAUUAGUUUGCCAAUUACCCCAUAUAAAGAUUGUACGAAUAUCUGACUUAAGAGUAUCGAAAUGAAUUCUUUGGAUAUCUAUAAAAAUUACAUGAAAGCAACUUCUUGAAUCAUCACGGCCAAAUUGUUUGGAAAUUUGCCUUAGUCAAUCUAAAUAUUAACCGAUUUGCUUAAAGAGCUAAUAAAAACUUAAAUCCCUAAAUCUCUUCUUUUUAAGAAAGGAAUAUCUAAAUAUCACAAUAAUAACUUAAUUAACAAUUUAGCACCAACAAUCAGUAUUAAUAAUAUUAAUCAUUUUUAUAAUAGUAAUAAUAUUAAUAGCAAUAAUAAUAACUUAUGUAUAAUUAUUGGGUAUAACAAUAAUAAAACCCAUCAUAAUAACCUUUUGAUUAUUAAUAAUAUCAAGCAUUUUUAAUGUAAAAUACAAUGCUGGUUUAGUAGUCACAAUAAAUGUAUCCAUAACCCUAAUAAUUUUAUCCAAAUUAUUAAAAUUUAUAAUAAAAUAAUUCUUAAAUUAUGUAGACAUUAAAGAUGGUGUAAAACCAAUCUGACUGA